AGGUGCCACAGCGACGGACUGUGGGGGUUGUACGGGGAAGCUGCAGUCAACGCAACCCAGCCACGCAUGCCGUUCGUCUGCCAGCCCCGACACCUCAACCCUCCAAUUUGUGGACGGAAGCCGCGCUACCGGAGCACUGGGCGUACAUUAGACCUGUUCGAGUACUAUGCCCCGCGCAACCUCCAUCCGUGGCUGCUGGGGCUCAAGAAGUAUAAGCGCUACGAGUGCAGCGCCACUCUUAUCAGCGACUCGUGGCUGCUGACGGCAGCGCAUUGCGUCGUCCGUUCGCAGGAGAGCCGAAACAGAACAGUGGACCCUCGUGACCUGAAGGUGCAGCUCACGCUGAAUCCACGCGACGACAGAUUCGUGACGAAAAUAGUGCUUCAUCCUGACUACGAGCCCGGCAUUAAUCCGCUCAACGACCUCGCUCUCGUGAUGCUGGAGGAACCGUUGAUCUUCAGCGAGCGAAUGUACCCCGCUUGCAUUGACCUCUACGGGGAAGGCUUCCUCAGCUCCUCCACAGCCCUGGCGUUCAGCCGCGCCAACGAGUCAAGGUACGAGUACGAUGAGGUGCUGCAGGAGCUGGACCCGGACUGCCAUGGUCCCGCCCCGCGGUGCCGGUCCUGGCGCAUCGAGGACACGCAGUUCUGUGGCCUCGCUCUUGAAGAAAACAAGAAGCUGGUUGGGGGUUCGUCAGGAGGGCCGUACAUGCAGAACCAUGGUCCGGACGCCGAAGAGAGCUGGGCUGUGUCCGGCGUGAUGUCCGCCUCCGUGGACAGAACGGGCUGUGAUCAGCCAGUGACCAUUUACACUGCUGUCCAUCAUUUCAAAGAGUGGAUAGAAAGCGUGGUUGAGGGUGGUCAAUAAUGGUCGAAUAGCAAAGUCUGACUCGUUGCCUGUUUCCCACAUGGCGGACCGUGAUUACCUACUGGAAUUGGCAGGGCACGUUGCCUUAAAACCUCAAAAACAAUUUUUUCUAACUCAGGAAACGGUUACUACGUGGAUGAACAAUAUGCGCAACCAAUCCAGAUUAACUGAAUGAUCCACUUCAGUUACCCACUUGAAGAAUUAUAUUUUAGGAUUAGGUUACUAUAUUGUCAACUGAUAUUAGAAGAACUAAUACUAGUCUUCUACUUCCGAGCGACGCACCGUCCUCAAGAAAGCCAUCAGAAGAAAGAAGUGCGAAGAUCUGGCAACCAAGCGCCGAACUUCUUAGGACGCCAGAGGAUAGAAUUAAGUUACUCAUUAGGUUUUGAGUUUCUAGUUCUUAAAGUUUUACUUUGUGCCCGUUGGCCCCUGUUAGCUGAUUACGAUUUUGAUUCACCUAGUUAAUUAACUGAGGUUUCGCUUUGUGCCCUUUGGCGCCUGUAAGCUGAUUAUGAUAUUGGUUUGCUUAGUUAAUUAACUAGUGCUCUAGUAACGUUGAGCUUAGCUUCCACACUGCUAUUAAUAGUCAAUGUUAUUAUUUACUUCUCUUACAUUAUUUUACUAGUGUAAAGAGUCAUUGCUCUAUAGCACGUUCACUGUAACGUAAUCGUACUUGCUUCCAAAUUUUUAUCGAAUACCAUUCAUAUUUUUGCGAAGUGGACGUGUCAGGUAGUAUUGUAACAUUAAGCUAUACGUCACCACCUUUACCUUCUGUAGCAUUACUCACGUCAGCUUCCGUGACGUCAUUGUAGUGAAUCUAUACAAGCUCCUCAAGCAUCCCAUGAGUCAGUCGCAUACGCAUCCACUUACGUUCUGACGGCUCCGACACUCGCUUGCCUCACUCCCGAACUUGUCGAUUUAGCUACCUGAUUUAUUAGUGUACUAACACCUCAUCGUGAUUUAUCUUGAAUAAUUACGGGUUUAGAGUUGCCACUCCAUCAUUUCUUUCAUCCCUCCUUAUUAUAUCAUUGGGAUAAUUAUUUGAACCGAAAUUAACUCAGACCUUUUAGUAAUCAAAACUGGUCCCAAGUGUCAGUGAAAAGACACCCGGACAAUACUAUAAAAUAUAGUAAGCAUAAUUGUCCUAAUAUUAGCACGGACCUAGUCUCGUAUAAAAUCAAGUGUUACCAGUUUGUUUGAUUCAUUUAUAGGAGUGUCGUUGAUUAUGUAACCUGGUCUCCGAACAUUGAUUCACUAAACAGUGAGAGCA